UGGCGCCAACAUCAUCGGAGCUGGUCCCGGAACCAUCAAUCGACGGACAGUAUCUAAAGGACUCCUAUAUCGACAUUCUCUUGACAAUAUGCAUUUCAGUGGAUUGGGCCUCCUCGCGCUGGGAGCAGCAACGGCCAGCGCGUUCCGCGAUACGUCGCCCUUCUUCCUGGCAUCGACCUCAGAGAUCCUCUUACCAUCGUCGAAUCUCGCACUGUCUACGUCGUUGCUGAAUGAUCUCGGAUCGCAUUUGAACUCCUGCCCAUCGGACUACUAUGUCGUCGCUUACCAGCCGGGUGUGCAUAGCACCGAUUUCGCAACUCGCAAGUCGGCCCCUCGUCUCGGGGCGAAGAUGACCGGCACGGAUGAGGCGAUUCGGUCGACUUCGUCGAUUCAUGAGGUUUCCGGCGUGAUGGAUGCGAAGGAGGUUCAGAAUAUGAUUGGAAAUGCUUGUGGGGCGGAGACUACCGUUAUUGAUGCUUCGACUGGUUCUCACCCGUCGUCUUUUGGCGACGCUCCGCGCGUUAUCGCUGUUGACUUCCCUAUGCUUUCUUUGGGCCCUGACCGGGCACAGCAGCUUUCUGAUAACGAUGGCUUCCUUUCCGACAUUAUCGACCGUAUUCCCUCGUCGAAGAAGUACACGCUUCUCUACGUGACAUCGCCGCGAGAAUUCGAGGACACUGUCUACAGACCCGAUGAUGAAUCCUACCAGGAGCCUCUCCGCACAGAAUUGAAGCGUGACUAUUCGGACUACACCAGGCAGGAUUCGUCGUCUAAAAAGACUCUCUUUCGAGAGUAUCAAUAUCUCACUCCAGGCCUGUUCAUGGGCUUGUUUGCUGUUUUCGUCUGCAUUAUGAUCCUGUACGUCGGAAUCCAAGCCCUCUUGAGCUUGGAAGUGCCCUAUGCGGCGUUCGAGAAGGAUACUUUCUCCGCUGUGCAGAAGAAACAGCAGUGAUCUGGUCUUAGGUGUUUGAUUUUUUGCGUAUGCAUGCGUUUUUGCCCAAUUCAUUUAUCUGAUUGCUUGUUAUGUACUGUAUGAUAUAUUAUAACCUGAUGCAUGACC